AUGGAACAAGCAAGGCCACAUAGAUCUACGAUAGCUACAGCAUCGUCAGAACCACAGACAACAAGCACGAGAAAUAGAAGUUUGUCUACUACUGGUACUACUACUAGAACAACAACAGCAACGAUACCUCAACAGACAGAUAUAGCUAAAACAACAAGUUCACCAAAGGAUCAACACGGAAUGAAUAUGAAUACUAAUGAAGAGGGAGGGAAUACCUCAUCAAACAAUACAGAAGAUCGUAAGAGACUUUCCACCUGUUCUCAGGAACAUGGACCAGGUGAUACAACGACACAAGCUAGUUUCCAGCCCACAGGAUCAUUAUUGGUAAGAAAAUAUACAGAACUAGUCUCAUCGAUUGGCAACCACUUCCCUAAUGAGGAUGAUGGUGGAAUAGAUGAAGGCGGUGUCGACAUUGAUGUCAACGACGAAGAAGAGCAAGAAGAUGUUGGAGAAGAAGGAAAAGAAGUUCAAAGUAACAGCGAAAAUGAUGGGGAUGAUGGUAGAGCCGAAGGAGUAAAUGAAGAGGAAAACGAAGAUAGUAUGGGUAAUGGAUUGUUUAAACAGUUUGAUCAUAGAACGGGACAAUUUUUAAGAAAGGAUCCAUUUUUAGCCAAGGAAGAUUUGGGAGUUAGAAGACUAUUUGGUAAAAGUGAUAACAAAUUCAGAUCUCAUUCAGUACCAGCUAUUUGCCAUUCCUCUUUAAAAAGAUUAACGGCGUCAUACUGUCAGAACCACAACCAUUACCAUUAUCGUCAUCAUAAUAACCAGCAGUCGGCUGUAGGUUCAGUUAGAAAGAAAAGAUCUGGGAAACCUCAUCAUCAUCAUCAUCACCGCCGUCAUCAGCAUUCUCCCUAUUGCUUUGUUCAAGCUGCAUUUUCCAACGGUAGCGGUGCCACCGCUUCAACUGCAAGUUCCACAGAUAGCGGUAAUAGCUCAGGAGCUUCAUCUCGUGAAAGUAGUAGGUGUGUGAAUGGUGCCUCAAGUGGUAAUGAUACAGGUGCUACCAGUUUUGGUAAUGAUCCAAAGCAGCCCGCAGCAGCAGGAGCGGCAGCAACUUCUACCGCAAGUUCUGGUGUAACUACAGGCUCAGUCACGAAUGAGGGUAAUGUAGGUUCAAACGUUGGAAAAUCAUCGACAACUCCAUCAUUGCAUCGUUCUCAUCAUCAAAGUAAAAACCAUUCUAUGUCAACUAAUGCCCUAAGAGAUGCGAUUUUGUUAUGCCACCAAGCACAACAACCUUUAGUGACGAAAUAUGACGAAUUGACUUUACAUGAGAGGAUAAGCGCCGUUAGAGACCAUCCAGGACCUUUACCGUUACCUCCAAUCAAUUUACAAUGCCUUAAAGAAAUCGAUUUACAAGAAAUUGUGAAAAAUCCACAAUUGAGACAUGAUAUUAUUUUUGAUCCUCUGCUACAAUUUAGACCAAAUUUAGAUGGUGAAAGAGGUCUUAAAAAGAAACAGUUAUCUGAUAGGUACUGGAGAGAUGUGGAAAACGAAGUGUAUGUUUAUUCUCAGAAACCUCAAGUUUUCCAAUAUGAUCAUACUAGAUUAGUGCCCCUUUUUGACACUUUAAGAGAAGUUUUAUUGACCAUAGUACCUCAACGCGAAGCACACGUGAUACACAACGUAUUAGAUACGGAGUUGAACGUUCAAGAAUUGCUAAGAGGAUCAUUAAUAAUGACAAAUCUUUCAGAAUGGUUGGCUCAAUUGUUUAAACAUCAUUGUGCACCAAUGAGAGACGCGUGGGUCGAUAGAAUGAGCGCCAAAUUCAAAGAAGCUGAACAAGAAUCAUCGUUAUCCAAAUUAAUUGAAGGUUUAAGGCUUGUAUUUCAAAUUUUGGAGGCAAUGAAAUUAGAUAUUGCCAACCACCAAAUACGCAUUCUAAGGCCUGCCCUAUUAUCCAAUUCUGUCGAAUUUGAAAAACAGUAUUUCCAAUCCUUAAUGAAUUCAGAUCGUGUUGAUCUUAAAUCAUCAUUACUUUGGUUCAAUAGAAAAUUUAACGAAAGUGUCAACCAAGGUACCAUACAAAGAGAUCGUGCAGUACCAAGGGACGUUUACAAAUUAUGCAUUCGGAGUAUCAUUAGUCUAUUAUCGUGUCGUAAGAUGGUGAGAGAAUAUCCAACAUCAUUAUCAUUUGAUCAUGCCAGACUCAUUCUAUUAAGAGCAGAUAUACGACAAAUUGUUUGUCUUUUAAUCUGCAGACUUUUAUUCAAACAACUAGUUGCCAACGAUACUUCGUUGGAUAAAGGUGCCAAGAAUUAUAUCGACUCGAGUGGUACUCAAAAGAAAUUAAAGGGAGAAAUCGUUAGCAUUAUCACAGACGAACAUGGUAAUUGUAGAUGGACUAAAAACACAAUGGCAAUUGCCAUUCAUUUGUGUAAGACGAUUACAGACCUCAGAGACGAGUAUCUAUCUCGCAGAGUACAAACCGGAGUCGGUAUUAGUUCGUCUUCCAAUACCACUGGCACACCACCUUCCAGUACACCAGCAUUAGCGCAAGCUAAAGUUAAUUUUGCCAAAUCUUGGUUAUCGAAACAGACCCAGCCUUUAAGUGAAGUUUAUGGCGUUUUAGAAGAUCGUGUAUUCCGUUCACUGGAAGAGUUAAUAUUUUCCAAAUCUGACUGUACAGUUGACGGUCGUGUUAGACAAGAUUUCGUCUAUCUAUGCAGUACUCUCAACAAGGAUUCUACAAUUACUAACACCUCAGCUACAGCAGCAGCCACUACAUCUGCAGCCACAUCUAAUGGCCUACUUGUACCAACUGGAGAAAACACAUCUGCUGCAUCAUCAUCAUCAUCAUCAUCAAAUACUAAUGACACCAACAAUAAUACCAAUGCAUCUACUACAUCAUCAAAUUCUCAUAAUACCACAGCAUCUACAUUCGGUACAGCAACAACAACAACUCUACAGGGUUUAGAUAUGGAAGAAUUCGAUAGCGUUUUGCGUCAUCUAUACGCUGUGGUUAAUUUCCACUGGUCUGUAUUUGGCGCUCACUACAUGGACGCUAUAAGCGAUCAAUUGGGGUCAAGGGUUUUUUAG